AUGAAGACCCUCCUGCUAUUGGCAGUGAUCAUGGCAUUUGGCUUGCUGCAGGUCCAGGGGAAUGUGCUGAAUUUCCACAAAAUGAUCAAGUUGAAGACAGGAAAGUCACCCGUGCCCAAUUACGCCUUCUAUGGUUGCUACUGUGGCCUGGGAGGCAAAGCAUCGCCCAAGGAUGCAACUGAUUUCUCUCGUCACAGGUGCUGUGCUGCCCAUGACUGUUGCUACAAGCAGCUUAAGGAACACCUGUCCAGCACCAAGUUACUGAACUACAAGUUUGUGUUCCACCAGGGCCAAACCAUUGGGAGCGAGGUCACAAGUGACCCAGAGACCAAUCACUACGAAGGAAAAAGGGAUGACCAUCACUGGCUUGCACCCAUCAUGAGCCAUUCCCAGGCCUCUGUGUUCCGUGCUGGUGUCCCCAUCAGGCUGGGCGUGGCCUUGCUGAGGGGGCAGGGAUUCUGCCUCCCCAUCAAGCCACAGGACGACUGUAGAAGACAACUGUGUCAAUGUGAUAAAACAGCUGCCGAUUGUUUUGCAAGAAACCUGAGGACCUAUAAUGUAAAGCUCCAAUAUUACAGCAAUCUGAGGUGCACUGGGACUGCCCCCAAGUGCUGA